CUUGAGUCUCACCUCUCACCUCAACUCUUCGAAAGUUGCUCAUAGACAUCGGUUCAAUUUGCCUUCACUAAAGAAUGCUGACGAAGCUACGUGCGAAGCUCUGCUGUUCCCAGGCUGAUGGUGACACGGACGAUGCCGAACCUGCCAUUCCCCAUGCGAAACGCUCGAAUGAUGGAGGAAACACCACAUCUGCCAAAAGAAACAGUUCUGAAGCUGCCAGCAUCCCGCCGGAUCACACUGCUGCCUCACCUAAGGAUCUCUGGCAGGUAGCAUUCGACAGCCUGGACCCGAAACAUAAACACUGGUUGUCUAAAGAGGAGAAGUCUCCAAUCGAAAUCAUUCGGGAUGUCAUCGGCGAGACAAAAAGUAAAUAUACCGAGUAUAAGAAGAAAGAGUUGACCAUCCGAAGGCAUAAUGGGGGUGAGAUCAAAGUCCGCGAGAUUGCCCAAAAUAUCCUGGCGUCCGCAUUGAAUGCGCAGCAGGUAAUCACUGCGGUUGCGAGCUUCGACCCAAGUGGAUAUGCGUCAAGCGCAUGGACGAUAGUAUCGCUAGGUUUGACGAUGACCCAGAGAGUCAUUGCGCGCAGAGACGUAAUCAUAGAAGCCUCCGAAUACUUGGCGGAACAGCUAGCAUACUUCACUGUCCUAGAUAGCGACCGCCGAUACACAAAGGCUUCCGUGGACAAGCAGCUAGAUGGUGCUCUUGUGGGAGUCUAUACAGCAAUACUUGAAUACACGGCGGAAGUGAGAAAAACAUAUCAUGAAAGCGGCUUUGCUCGCAUAGGAAGCACACUCAUUCCCCUUACCGAACAGCCACUGCAAAAGCUUCGAACAGCUGUGGAAAAUAAAACCACAAUGACUGAAAAAUGGGCUACUAUCAGCGACCGCUCAUAUCUGAGGGGACAGGCUGCGGACAUCCUUGCGGCUAUUGACAAGACGAUCGAGGAGCUCCAAAAUAUUCAUUCCACUGUACUAAGUGUCGAGGAUAGGGGAAUACUUGAAUGGCUAUCUCAGUACGAUUUUUCCAAAGCACAGAACGACACUCAGUACCACAAAUUACCAGGGACGGGUGAUUGGCUUUUGAAGUCAAAAGAAUAUGUGGAGUGGAAGGGUUACCCAGGUAGUAUAUUGUGGUUGCAUGGAGUGGCGGGUUGUGGUAAAUCAGUCAUAUGCUCGACAAUAAUUGAAGACAUCCAACGAAGUUGCCUAGAUGGUUCGAAUAAGCGGUUCGCUUACUGGUACUUCCAAUUUAAUGAACCGUCAUCACAAAGAGUUGAGGAUAUGCUCAGGACGAUCAUCCGUCAGCUUCAUUCAACUCCACUGGACGAGCCUAUCCGGAGACUUUGGAACGACUAUGGUACCAAAGGGGGCAAUCCAAAUAUUGCAAAGCUUCAGGACACUCUUGAAAAACUGCUUUCCGCCAACAUAGGGAAGGUUUUCCUUAUUCUAGAUGCGCUGGACGAGUGCCCCGAGGCAGUCAAUCGCAAGGAAAGGAGUCUUCUAUUGCCAUUGCUUACUGGACUUCAGAAUAGAUACAGUGAUAAACUCCACAUUCUUGUGACUAGUCGGCCAGAGCCAGAUAUAUUUGAGCAUCUUGUGGACUGUCCAGGCUUAGACAUUGAGGAAAAUCAGGGGUCCGAUAUUUCGGCCUUCGUCAAGGACAGAGUUGAGGCUUUGGACGACAGGAGAGCUCCAAAGGAAGUGAAAACACAGAUAUACCAAGAACUGCUACAAGACAAGAAAAGGCGAUUUCGCUGGGCAGACCUUCAAGUGAAACGUCUCGAAGAAUGUCGCAACAAGUCUCAAAUCAUAGAAGCAUUGAGUACGAUGCCACAAACGUUGCACGACAUAUAUCUCUCUGUAAUAGAAAGAAUCAACGCGAAACCCUCCGAUGUUAUAUAUGCCAAAACAAUCCUCACCUGGCUCUGUUUCAGUGUUAGGCCUCUCACCCUGACUGAAGUAGCAGCAGCAGCAGGUCUUGAGGUCCCAGAGGACGUGAUAAAAAUCUGCACGACUUCAUUUGUCACUUUUCGGCACUCAGAUGAUGAGAUCCGGCUGGCUCACUUCUCUGUGAGGGAAUUCCUCGUUAGUAACGAGUGUACAGGCCAAUGGCACCAACUCUCCACCUUGAAUGGCCACGUCAUGCUAGCUGAGCACAGCCUGAGAUUACUCCUGCAAAUGCCAAGUAGUCUGUCUAGAGAGGAAGUGGAUCAAGAAGAGCUGCUGGACUAUGCUGCUUGUAAUUGGCAGGAGCACUUCCAAGCUUCCGCCAUUACCCCAAACCCAGCUCACGAAAAUCUCCAAGAGAUGGUGGAUAUGCUAUUCCGUCAAUCAGCUGCCUACCGCAACUGGCGUUAUAUAUCGACAUAUUUCGAUGAACAAGAAGUACAGGCAACUCCUAUUGGUGCUGCAUCUGAUUUAGGGCUCAUUCAGAUUGUGACUGGGUUACUAGAAGAUGGGGCGAACCCUUUAGAGUGGUUUGCGAUACGGCGCGGGUAUUAUCAUGUCCUAAGAAACGCAUACCUUGUAGCCUCUGAAAGUGGGCAUCUGGAGAUAUUGAGCUUACUACUGCGCAAAGUGUGCGUGUCUAUUGAUCUAGCUGAGGGCAUAAUGGAAAUCGUUCAAUGCCAUGGUUUUGAGAGCCAGAAGCUGGAAGAUGUGUUUGACACGCUCUCAGCUUCAGGUGCUAUUUUCAAUAGGACCGAAAACAAAGGGCUUCAUAUAGAUGAACGCAUUGUCGUCGCUGCGGCGAGAAACAUAGUUUGUGGCACGAAACUUGUGACCAUCCUUCUUGAUCGGUACGAAGAGACCGGAGCUGCAUUUGUGCCUGUGACAGAGAACGUGUUGAAAACUGUACUACAAAACAUGGAGUGUGGAGAUGAUAUUUUGCAGCUUCUUCUCCAAAGGCGCAAUGGUGAUGUCAGAAUCUAUUCACGAGUCAAGGAGAUGCUGGAAUUCCCGGUCAACCUGAACAAGCGCGCAAUCGCAAUACUUCUUGCACAACGGCAAGCAGAGAUCGUGAUAGAUGAGCAGUUAAUUGCUCAUUUUGCAAGAUACACGGAUGACACUGGUAUGAAAAUACUUUCAAGUGUCUUGGACAACGAUUCGAUGCUGACCGAGAAUGUUCUGGCGAGCGCUGUUCAAAACCGUAGCGGUGUCGGUGUCUUGCGUCAGAUUCUCCGCCAUCGACGGCAUUGGCCACCAGUUAGCGAGGAUCUCCUGUGUGAAGCAGCGUGUAACGGAGAUAGCGAAAAGCUGGAAGCCUUGCUAGAUGAUUGUGGUCUGGAUUUUGCAAUGAGCGAAAGAGUCAUGCUGGAGAUUGUAGGCAACCGGUAUUAUGGAGCUGAAAUGCUCGAAAUGCUCCUGCGCAGGCAGCAAGCAGGAUUUAUCGUCACUCCCGCAAUACUGGACACGGCAGCCUCCCAUAAAAGGGCUAAACAUGUUGUUGAAUUACUUAUGAACAACGGAGGCUUGAAAAUUCCAAUCACUGAAGGCAUGAUGCUCAGAAUUUCUCGUGAUGACUUGCUGUGUUAUCUACUGGAUCUUGAAGAAAGGUCCCAGAUACAUCCUCUUCCUAUCACAGAAAAGUUCAUAUUGCAUGCUGUGAAAACUUUCGAGUCUACCACUCUGAAGGCCAUCUUUCGCAGCAGACCAAAGAUCUACGUGAGCGAAGAUAUGUUUGUCGAAUCAUGCCGUGGCGGAAUGUUUGUCGAAUCAUGCCAUGGCGGAAUGUCGACUUUAACGGUUUUGAUGGAACAACCGCAUAGCCAAUUGCCAGUGACGAGGAUGAUCGAAGCAUUAGAAAAAGAAGAUGGUCAAAGGCCUACAAAUAUACUUCAGCUCCUCUUAAAUGGGAAGUCCUUUGAAGUUGACCAUGGGAUUAUAGAAAGAUUUGCACAUAAUGCCUCCGCUUUAAGUCUCCUGCUGCAGACAACACCCCAUGUACCCAUUACAGAGCAAGCCGCCAUCCGAGCAGCUUCCGGUCAUGCAUUAUGGGUUCUGCUCGAUGAGCGAAUAGAAUCUUUUCCAAUCUCGGAGGAAGUCAUGUCUGCUGUGGUAAGAUCAUUUCAUCCAUUCACAGAUUUGCGACGGAUUUUGGCACAUCAUGGUCCACAGGUACCGAUCACAGGGAAGGUUCUAGUGGCAGCCUCAGGCACAUUAGAAGCUUUACAACUUCUGCUUCAAGCACUAGGGCCCGAGGCACCUCAUAUGAUAACCGAGGAAGUUGUUGCGAUGGCCACUUAUAAAAGUUUGUCAGCAUUACCCAGGUUGCUUGAGAAGUAUGGCUCGGCUGUGCCACUUACCGAAAGAGUCAUGGUUUUUGCCGCCGCAAACGGCCUUAACGGGCUACAGUGCCUCCUCCGUGAAUGGCCUGGCAAUAUAGACCUUAAUCGCAUUUGGAGAGCGAUCUGGAAGUUUGAUCGAGACUCAUGCGAUUUCUCUUAUGGUCGUGAUUGGCCCUCUUUGGUACACAUUCAGAAGAAUGCUGGUAGCCAUGUUGUUCAGUUUUCUAAAGCAGUCGAUCUCUCAGAGGAUGUCUUUAUGGGUGCCCUGGCUUCAUCUGCUCUUGAUGAAAGCAUAGGCAGAUACAGUGGGUUAAUUCCUCUGAUCGAUGUUUGCAUCGAACAUGACUUAUCCGUACCAGAAGCAGAAGGGCUAGUGAGGGCAGUGUUAGAUAAGUGCGACUCUGAUCUUAUGGAAGCUAUCCGUGAGCUUGUCGAGAAGUAUGAGGCGGAUGAUAAACUCCCUAAAGGGAAGUUCGGGGACCUAUUGUUAUCGCGCAUUAGAGAGAGAGAGAGUCAUGAGAUAUCGGCUCCUGAGCCCUAAUGCAGUCUAGGAUAUGUUCAUCUGUCGCAUGGUAUAGUUGUCGUUCUGCUAUAAACCCCGGUAUCGAAGCCAAAGAAGUCUCGACAUUUUCUCC